AUGCAACGGAACCACGAUCGUUUGAAACCGGCCCCGUUGGCCGAUCCUCUGCUUGACGGCGAGCGCGGUGGGCUGCCGUACGCGGCCAGACGGUCGCCCAAGAGCAGCAAGGUCCGCGUGGCCCUUAUCUGUUUGCUGUGUUAUUCCUUCUUUGUUUCACUUAUCAACUUGGGGCGGGGCCUUAAGGACGAGGGCAACGCCGUUGAGACUUUUGCAAACGGCAAGAAAAACAUCAUCAUGAUGGUCACGGAUGGUACAGGCCCUGCAUCUAUCAAUAUGGCCCGCUACUUUAGACAGUAUAGAGACAGUCUAGACAUUGACGAUGUGCUGACUCUUGACAGGUACUUCAUUGGAUCCAGUCGCACCAGGAGCGCGUCUUCGCUGAUCACCGACUCUGCGGCCGGCGCGACUGCGUUUUCAUGUGCUCUCAAGAGCUACAACGGUGCUAUUGGAGUGGAUGGCAACAAGCAGCCGUGCGGUACAAUUUUAGAGGCUCUGAAAUUGAAAGGCUACAAAACGGGUCUCGUGGUGACGACAGGCAUCACAGACGCCACUCCAGCCUCUUUCAAUGCCCAUGCUGACUACAGGUUCAUGCAGUCGCUGAUUGCGAACCAGCAGUUGGGAUUAGACACCACGCUCGGUCCGGUCACGGAUCUGAUGAUUGGAGGAGGAAGCUGUUUCUAUUUGCCAAAGUCGCAUCCACAGGGCUGCCGCGACGACGAGACAAAUUUGUUGGAAAAGGCCAAAGAGAUGAAUUUCACGGUGGCCACGAACAAGCAGGAGUUCGACCAGUUGCAGCUGGGCAACAACGCCUCCUUGCCUCUUCUGGCGCUAGUUGCAUACUACAAUAUACCCUAUGAUCUCGACAGGGAGGAAACAGAGUACCCAAGUCUGGAGGAGGAGGUCAAGACUGCUCUGAAGCUGCUAACUGACGCCACCAAAGACUCGGACGAGGGCUUUUUCCUGCUGAUUGAGGGGUCCAGAAUUGAUCACGCUGGCCACUCGAACGACCCGGCAGCACAGGUCCGUGAGGUGCUGGCGUACGACAAGGCGUUCAAAGCCGUUAUCGACUACAUCGACUCGGCAGAAACAGAGACUUUCAUGGUCUCCACGUCCGACCACGAGACCGGCGGACUUGCUGUGGGGCGCCAGGUUGGCCCUGGAUACCCUGAAUAUUUAUGGAAGCCAGAGGUACUGCUGAAUGCCACCAAGUCGGGCGAAUAUCUCCGCAAGAAGUUCCAGAACUUUAGGGAGCUCAACUCGGAAAAACACAAGCUAGAACAAUUCAUCAAGACAGAAAUCCUGGAGAACGACCUUGGAAUUGCAGACUACACCGACAAAGAGGUGUCCCGGCUGCUGGAGCACCAGGAGAAAAUACACGAUCUGCUCGUGGAGAUGGUGUCUGUGAGGGCCGAGGUGGGCUGGUCUACCCAUGGUCACACUGCUGUGGACGUGAAUAUUUAUGCGCACAGCAACACGGAGCGCGGACGGGAUCUGUUGCGGCAGCAUCUUGCCGGAAACGUGGAGAACACCGAUAUCGGCAAAUUUUGGGAGCAGGUGACCAACUCUGACCUGGCGCACGUUACGCAUUUGCUGCGGGGAACCAAGCACGUUCCGACGGCAGCAGACGAGCAGGAGAGCGUGCACAUCUACGAAAAGGAACACGGAUUUAUUGACCACCGGGCAGAGGCACCAGAACAGCCAUUAUAG